CACGCAAACGAGAAAGUUAAAACACAAAAUACAAUAAUAAGAGGAAUGAAUUACGAAAAAAAAUAAUUAAAUAGCUUAUUAUCCAUUUGUUUGCACCUCACCUCACCUCCCACUUUGUGCCCCCAAAAGCUCCUAUAUCUAUCCCCUCCAUUCCCUCAAACGCUCCAUAUCCCAUCUCCAUUUUCUUUCCUUUCUUCUCCACGAACCCUAAUCAGGAAUUCUCCCUUCCAAAAUCGAAACUUUACAAUCAAAUGCUCAAAACCCAGAAAUCAAACUAACACAAUCGAAGAUCGAAACCUGAAAUCAAGAACGAGAUCAUUUCCAAUCGAUAUGACGAGCUGCGGAUUGACGAUGCCAGGAACCGACGCCGCUCUCUUCGGCGCCUCGCCUUCCUCCACCGCCAGAUUGCCCGACCCGGUUCUCCGGGUCCGGCCUUCAAUGGGUCGCCCGUCAAUGGCGUCCUUCAGGACGAGGGCCACCGUGAACGAAACCGCCUCUGCCUCCUCCGGCGGCGCGUGCACGGCACCCGCCGGUGCGGAGAUGAGCUUCUACGACCUGCUUGGGAUACCGGAGUCGGUGAGCCUGAGAGAUAUUAAGCUGGCGUACAAGCAGCUGGCGAGGAAGUACCACCCAGACGUCUCGCCACCGGAUCGGGUCGAGGAGUACACCCAGAGGUUCAUUCGGGUCCAGGAGGCCUACGAGACGCUGUCGGAUCCCCGGCAGAGGGCGCUCUACGAUCGGGAUAUGGCGAGAGGGCUUCACCUCGCCUUCUCCGCCAGGAGACGUUCCUCAUACCAUGACGAUGAGGAAAUCGGCGAAAGAGGAGACUGGAGAAACCAGUGGCAAUCGCAGGUCUCUGAGUUGAAGAGAAGAAGCGAGAGCAGGAGUGUAGGUGGAAGUGAUAACAUGUCAUGGGCAGCUCGAAUGCGUCGCCAGAAGGCAGAAAUGGCAACCAAUGGAUUGUAGAACAAAUAUAAUUAUAAGUUCAAUAAUCUCUACUUUUGGUAUUUAACUUGUAUCAGCUGCUUCGAGGCUCAAGCUUAUGGGUUGAAGUCUGGAUCUGAAGUUUGUAUGUAUAGGGUGGGUUUUUUUUUGGUUCGCCAUGUAAGAUCCAGACUGUAACCGA